CUCCCCUCUUACCGUCGCCGAGGGUUCUGCUUGCGUUUCCUUCCUCCCUCGCCUAACGACCUCUUCCAUUUUUUUCGCGACCGCGCACGCUAACGACCGACUGAGCCGCCAUGUCUAAGCACUUCUGCUUCUGCAUCCCCGUCCGCUUCGGUGUCUUCCUGUUCUCGUUCCUGUCCUUCGCAGGAGCCGCUUUCAGCGCGGCUGUGGGAUGGUUCCUCCUUCACUUGAUUGACACGAACCAACUCUCAAAAAUUGAGACGAACGUGAAGGAUUCGGACAAGGAGGCAUUCGAGGCAUCAGUGCACAAAUACAAGUGGGCCGUCAUCGUCGGCGCCGCCAUCUUCACCUUCGUCGCGCUCGUUGCCUUCUUUGGCUUCGUCGGCUCAAUCAUCCGCAACCGCCGCAUGGUGAAGGCGUACUCCGUCCUCACCAUCUUCAGCUUCUUCUUGGGCUCGGCGGCCGCUGGCUUCGUCCUCUACGCAACCUGGGCCAACAAGCCGUUCUGCGUGACGGUCGACAACGUCAAGUCCUGCACGGAAAGCAGCCUCAACACGGGCGGCAAGAUCGGCCUCACCAUCGGCAUCGUCGUCCAGUGGUUCAUCCAGCUCUACAUCGUCACGAUCAUCCGCCGCUACUACCAGCAGCUCGAGGAGGAGCGCGAGUACCGCAACGACUUCCGCCUCAACCCGACCACGGGCGGCACGUACGAGGCGAAGGAGGGCCUCCUCGCGACCCAGGGCGCGUACCCGUACUCGGACAACCAGCACCGCUUCGGCAGCCACGCGUAAGGUUUCUGCGUGCCUGUGUGCGGGCCCGGGCUCCGCUCGGGCAGCGCGGGUUCCAGGGACUCUGGGGAUGAUGAUGAUGACCGUGUAUCAUACGUCGCGCGCGCCCGGCCGGGGUGCUCGGGCCCGGGGUGGGGCGCUGCGCUAAUGACGGGAGGCGGGGCAGUGUGUGUACCUCGUACGUUAGACGGAGCGAUGGGGGUGCAUGGACUCUGACGGCGGGCGCGCGAUGCCCUUAAUGCUCUUCGCUUUUUCUCCUAUCUAUCACGCUGUAUCUCUUGACUUUUCGGACUUUCUGCCUCCAGCUUUGCUGCAUACCAUACUAUCAACUGUUUCGGGUU